AUGCUUGUGUCUUUGGUUCUGCUCUGUCAGCUACACGGCUUGAUGUUUGCAUUUCCUCGCUGCACAGGGACCUUAAAUAGCUUGAAGCAACCCGAGCAUAAAGAUGUCUUCACAUCAGAAAAGGAGGCAAAUUUGUUCAUUGGACGCCAUCUUCUGUAUAACAGAUUUGAUUUUGAAGCAUUCACCCCGGAUAACCUGGAAAGAGAAUGCCUCGAGGAGCUGUGCAAUUAUGAAGAAGCCAGAGAAAUUUUUGAAGACCCUGAUAAAACGAUGGAUUUUUGGAAAGAGUAUUCAACUAAAGGCCCUAAAAUAAAACUAGGUGAUGAGACACUACAAAAGAUAAAUGUUACAGGACUUCUCAUCAGUCUUGUUGCUGCUGGAGUACUGUUAGUUAUAACCGUACUGCUUAUCUUCUACUGCUGCAAAAGUAGAUGCAAAUCAAGGCAACCACCAGGGUACUUGGAUUAUGUAAGAAACAGAAGACGGAAUUCAUCUAGCAUCUUCAGAAGGCAUGAAGAAUUUUCUUUAAAUCCACUUCCUCUUGGAAUGGAUGAUUCAGGACUACCAACUUACGAGCAAGCAGUUACUUCAGAUGGACAACACCACAACAUGCCACCACCCCCUUAUCCAGGGCCCCCAGUCUGGGCACGGGUGUUUAAGAAGUCUGUGUCACUUCCUGGUCCUUAG